UGAGAACAGACACCAUGCUGCUGACAGCAAAACAGAAACAGACAUUCUAACAUCAGCAGCAGCUUCGGCUGAAAUGUGCCUGCCUGUGAUCAUCACUACACACUGCAGACCAGCUACGAAAACAUGAAAAUUAAGAAGGUGGACUUGAAUCUGUCUUACAGGUCUACACUUAUAUGGCUGGCAGGGACAGCAAACUACAUGUUUUUGGAUACAAAGAGCACCAGAUUUUGACACCUGAACAGUUCCAGGGAGUUGGCCAGAAUGUCAUCCAACUCCACGGCCGAUAAUCUGUGUGCACCGGACGACAACCUCUGCAUUGUGAGGGAGCAUGAGCAAGCGGUGAUCAUCGUCCCUACGCUGCUCCUCCUGGCCACCCUGGUCACCUUACUGGCCUUGUGCCUGAUGAGGUAUUGCCACGAAAGGAAGCAGACACGGAUCACGAGCCCUCAGCACUACCGCAACUCAUCACGCAGACACACACAAAGGCGCAGCCACAGACAUCACCUACAGGGCAUUGAUGCACCCCCAGGGAUAAACCCAAUGGAACAUGAAGAGCUGCCAAUGUCGGUUCAACAAGUGCAUCAGAAUGUCAGGCCAACUCUGGCUGCAGUACCACAGAUGUCCACAGAGAGGCAUCAUGGAGCAUUCAGCCAGGUCACUGCCCUGCCACUUUCCUUCUCCAUCAAGCCUGACGACACAGUCAGCCUCUACAGAGCCCGCAUGGACAACAGGGAUGUCAUCCUGAGGGUGCUGAAAGAACCAGCAAACAGUAGUGAGAAGCAGCACUUCUUGGGAUUUGCUUCCUUCGUGUCAGGACUGGGGCCGCACCCUUUCCUACCUGCGCUGCUGGGCGUGGUUUCAGUGCAGGUGCCGCUUAUGAUGGUUGUGGAGGAGCUGCAGCACAAAGACUUGUUGGGGUUCCUGUGGAGUUGUCGACAGGAUAACUCAGGUGUCGACACCUCAUGUGACAUGACAGAGAAGAGGCUCUUCACCAUGGCAGGACAAGUGGCCUCUGCUCUGGAGUACCUGCACAGUCAGCGCUGCAUCCAUGGCAACGUGGGAGCUCGCAGUGUUCUGGUUGGUGGAGAUCUGACAGCAAAGCUGUGGGGACUGGGGUCGGCAUACUGCAGAACAAAGGCCAAUUCACCGGAGGAAGUAGAGGACAUGGAGAUGAGGAAGUGGCAGGCACCUGAGGUGCUGGGCAGGAGAGCAGUCAGUCAGAGCAGUGAUGUAUGGUCCUUUGGUAUCCUGCUCUAUGAAAUGGUCACACUUGGUGACCCACCAUUUGCUCAGCUCAUGGCGACUGAACUUCUGCAAUAUCUACAAAGAGGAAAACAUCUGAAACGGCCAGCCACCUGCUCAAACUCACUAUACUCCAUCAUCAGGUCCUGCUGCCACUGGAAUCCACAACAACGUCCCUCGAUGUCGGAGCUCAUUAGAAAACUUCAGGCGGGAGAGAAAUCAGCCAAUGGGAGGACAGUUAUCAGAGUGCCUGAACCACUGGACAUCGAGAAAUACCUGAGGGAGGCGGGAUAUGGAGAGGCAUACAACUAUGCUGUACUCUGAUUGGCUGAGAGUGUCGUCAGUCACGUCUACACUGGUGCUGUUGUUACCACCCUUUGGCCAGCAGACUGUCUUUACACUGAGGACUGCUGCAAAAACGAGGAAUUCAGUAACAAGAACUUUAUUAGAAAAAAGCUCAUUAUACUUAUUUCCUGAUAAUGAAACACAUUUUGUUGUAUAUGUGUUUGCACUUUUGGAACAUUUGAAAUGCAUUGCAAAGAACACUCAUUUUAUAUGAUUAAAGACUAAUAUAUUGAUUGUAAAUAUUUAUUGUCAGCUAUAGUCAUCUAAAAGACUAUAAUAUAAUAAAGAAAACAAUGCAUGUU